CAUAACAGAAUGGCAUAACCAGAGAGUGCAUUUAUCCUUUAGCAAAAGAAAAAAAGAAAAAAAAGAGUGCAUCAGAUUAAUUCAGAAGAAUGGGUGAAGAGGUGAAAAGCUUGGUUGUUGAAGAGGAAAUGGGGGUGGUGGAAAGCAAAGAAUGGUACUUGGUAUCUUAUGCUCCACACGGUGUUCCAACCACCGAUCAUCUUAAACUCCGCAAGGUUCGUCUAUCAAUUGCACCUGAAUCAAUCCCUGACGCCCAUGUUGCCAUUGAGAUGCUGCUUUUCUCUGUAGAUCCAUAUCUUCGAGGCAGAUUCACUGGAACCUUAGAUGGCCUUUAUUUUCCGCAGUUUGAACUCAACCAGGUGAUCACAAUAUUUGGGAUUGGAAGAGUGAAACGAUCAAAUGACAGUAAAUAUGAAGAGGGAGAUAUUGUUUUGAGUGCAAGUUUUCCUGUUGCUGAGUAUUGUGUGAUGCCCUCCAGUGAGAUCGAUGCAAAAAUUGAUGCUGCAAGUGGGAUUUCAUUGCCGGAUUAUCUGAGCACUCUAGGAGUGCCUGGAUUUGCAGCAUGGCUGGGGAUAGAGGUGGUGGCAGACCCCAAACCUGGUUCAAAUGUGUUCAUAUCUGCAGCUUCAGGUGGUGUGGGAAUGAUUGCUGGUCAAUUGGCUAAGAUCAGAGGUUGUAGGGUCAUCGGAAGCACGGGAUCUGAUGAAAAAGUGAGGCUAAUCAAAGAGGAAUUUGGGUAUGAUGAUGGAUUCAACUACAAAAAGGAAGAGGACCUUGAUGCAGUUCUAAGCAAGUUCUUUCCUAAUGGUAUUGAUGUUUACCUUGACAAUGUUGGCGGGAAGAUGCUUGAAUCUGUACUGAAUCAUGUCAACAAGUUUGCCAGGAUACCACUUUGCGGGAUGAUAUCUCAAUAUAACCAGGUUUGGACUGAAAGAGAAGGCGUCAGGAAUCUUUUGAAUUUGGUGGGCAAGGAAGUAAGAAUGGAAGGGUUUUUGCUGAAAACACAUUUCAAUCGUUUUGGAGACUUUGCAAAAGAGAUUGAGGGCCACAUAAAAGAAGGGAGGCUUAAGCCCAAGACUAAAAUAAACUUCGGAAUUGAGAGCUUUUUGGAUAGCUUGAACUCCUUGUUUUCUAGCUCUAAUAUUGGAAAAGUAGUUAUUCAAGUUAAUAAGGCUUAAGUAUGCUUGAUCAAGUUGCCGUUAUAAUUUUUCUUCAAUAUAUUUCACCCCCUCUCCCAUUUUCCAGUCAUUUAUUUUAUAUUUCACGCAUGAAGAGAGAAUUUGUGUAAUAAUUAUUUGAUUUGUGUGAAGGAGAUUUUGAAUUUCUUCCAUUAACUAGUGCAAGUAAUAAAUUCUGUGUUUCUUCAUACAUGUUAUAAAAUUUAUUUCCCAA